GUUAUAAACCGUGUCCGUUAUUACAGAGUGCUUUAUGUAGGACAUUCUCUGUGGGUGACAAUUUAUUUACUAACAAGAUAUUAGCUCGGAAAUAUGAUCCUUAAAAAUGCCAUGAUUCCUGAGGUGAAUUGCGUUUUUGCAACCCAAGUGUGGUUGUAGAAAUGUAAAUAUAUAUUAUUAUUUACAUGUAAAUAAUGUAAAGUUACAUCGUUUUAUUUCCAUUUUAUUACAAUAUGUCUUUUGGAAAUAACAGGGUGGAAAGUCCCUUGGAUAUGACGCGAUAAAAGGGGUAACAUGUAAACUGCGGAUUGAUUUGUAACAGUGUGAUACGGUCCGGAUUUAGUAGUUCUAGAAGAAGUUGCUGAUUCCUAAACUUUCUGUUUGAAACUCAUCGUCUUCAUAACACACCAAAUGAGGUCAUUGUGUUCUAAGUAAGAGAUGACUUAUUAAAUUGACCUCCCUGUCACUAGUUGUUGUGCUUUGCAUUUGCAACGCACUUCCAAACAACUAUACUAUUGAGAAAUAAUGGGGUCUUCAAGUGUUCCCACCACUCUGUCCAUAGUGACGCUUCUCUGGAACCCACGCACACUUAGUGCAUUUCACCAUUUUGACCGAAAUAAAAGACACGAUGGCGAUAUCGAUCCUUCGCAGGAAAAUUCCUCUUGUUUGCACGGUCGACCUCAUCAUUCCCUCUUCCCAACAAGCUAACGUCAGCCAAUCCUGGGGAAGGAAGGGGGUGGAGUUACCGGAGAGACAGCACAUAAUUGGUGAUGGUCAGACGGACUGGAUGACGGAAAAAGUUGAUUUGUCUUCGUUCCAGUCGACUACUGAAUCCUCUUCUAGCUCAUCUUCUCCGCCCUCACCGUUGGAACAUGAUGUCAAGGUGCCCUCUGACUUGGAGGUCAUGACCUCUCUUUUGCAAGAGGAGCUUGCUCAGCUUGAGGAUUACUUCCGGUCUGAAUCGACUUCAACCAAAUUGGACAAAUCACCAAAAUGUGACAAAGGCGCCCAAGCAAUGGGUGCCCAUUCUUACUACCAGUUGCCCUAUGCUUCGUACAGUGGCAACCAAUCAGAAACCAGCCCAUUGUUUGUUACCCUGGCAACAGGGGAACUCGACCGAGUGAGCUUCUGUGGUGGUCCCAUUGGAAGACCCAAAAUGGCUAGACAAUCCCCAUACAACUGUCAUCAUCGUUCAUACAAUACUUGCCGAAGAAUAGUUUCAGAUGGUGUCAACAAAGUUGGAGAGGAACUUGAGCAUGACACCUGGAGUGCCAAAGGAAGUUCCUCAGGAAGCACAGAGGUUGCUGUUAACCACUUUUCUACAUUGAAGAGAGUUGGGAAGAACAUUGGCAGUGUAAAGAAAGUCAGAGAAUGUGGUGUAUUGCUGAAGGAAGAGGAAAGUUAUUGUUUUACAGAGGACGUGUUUUGCAGUGAAGAGAUGACCAGAGGUUUUUGUAUGGGUGGGUCCUUCGAUACCCACCCCAAGAGAGAAGGACAGUUGAUGCAUGGAAUGAAGGUUAGUGGCAGGGGUUAUGAUGGUAUGGGGCUGGAGGUCUUUCAUUGCAACAAAGAUGGUGGACUCUCUGGAGGUAUUCCUCAAGAGCCAGAGGCAAACGGUGGCUAUUACUACCACCACCCGAACAUUGCUGAUACAGAGCCUUAUAGCUUUAUAAGUGAAAUCGAAGAGCCUACACAAGUACAUGGUAUAGAGCCCCAGCAUGGCCACUACCUCUUCCCAGAAUGUCUUGGAGACCAAAGCUACGAAUGUCUGUCAAGAGGAGAGAGCGAGAGGCCAAUGGUGGACUCGCCCAUUCACAGGCAAGCAGUACAGAGGCUAAAGGAAGAUCCAUGCUCCCUGAGCUGCCUCAAACCAGGCCUUGUCGCUGUCCCUCUGGAAGUACAUACCGGAGAACGGAAGCAGAAGAAGAGAGACCAGAACAAAACAGCUGCUCACAGGUAUCGACUGCGUAAGAGGGCGGAGCUGGACAUACUGGAGGAGGAGCUUCAUGGGCUGGAGGAACACAACCGGGAGCUCCGCGACAAGGCGGAGUCAGUGGAACGAGAGAUUCAAUAUGUCAAAGAUUUACUCAUCGAGGUCUACAAGGCACGUAGUCAACGCCUAAAGCAAGAUGCCAGUGCCUAAUCUCCCACCCACAACACCAGCACUCACAUCAAAAGCACUUGUUUGUUCAAAAUUAUAGUUGCAUGAUUUUGGUAGUUUUUCAAAAAAUAAAUAAUAUAAACGCUUUAUUAUUGUUACAGACAAUAAACAACACAAUGUAUUUUUACAAAUGUUUCCCUGAAUGACUUCAGGCCUUAGUUGAAUUUAGGAGGGAACUAAAAUAAACUGUCCGUGACCACUGUGACACUGACCUGCCUUGUAAUGUUUGAGCUUGCAAUGAUUGACUGUUUAACUGUCAUUUUUUAACAGUAAUAAAAGCGAUUGAAUUAUGUCUGUGUUAUUGACACUCAAUGGCAGCAUAAAGGAAGGAAGCUUUAUUCUGUGAUAUUGUACGUUUUGUUUUGUUUAUUAAUUUAAGUACCCUUUUGCUUCUUCCACUCAUUUGGUAUAAGGGACUGAAGAAGGAAUGUUUAAAAUGCUGUGGAAAAGUUCAUUAAUAAAUGCUGCAAACUACUAGAAUAUUUGAUUGCUAAAAUGCUCAUGUUGAACAUGUAGGAAACCACCUAGACCUUGCUAAAGUACCCAAAGCAUGUUUGAUUGUUAAAAAAGCAUGAUUGAUUGUUAUUUGAAAAUGACAACAUUCUCUGAACUGCAUGGCUUCCUGAUUUAAUGGUUUCCAUAGAGCAUUUUCUCAAGUCAUGCUUUAACUGUUUCAGCUUCAUUAGCUGACUAUUUCUACAGAGCUUCCCCCUCAAAUAUUGAAUCAUACUCAGGAUGUUUGUCCACUUUUAAAUAAUGGGGAAAAUAUACAUGGCAUUCACUGUUUUAUCAUCUUGGUUUUUUCUUGGCUGUAUUUUGCGAAAAAAGAAAAAAAAAUCACCUGUUGACACAACAAUAAAUUGUUGUUGGGCAUAAUGUCUUCAUGAGAAUCUUAUUUGAUGAGUAUGUGUUCAAUUCAGGUCUGCUUGUUUGAUAGAUGAUGAUGUCUGGUAACUAACUAUCAGGUAAAUUGCAGCCAAAUAAACUAGUUAUGUUUUU